GUGUAAUCAGCGGGCGCCAACCAUUUUUCAGAACAGAACAAAAACAAGAGAAAUUAGAGACAUAAAGAGCAUUCUCCGUCCGAUUUUCACAAGCAGUUCGAACACAACAACGGAACGGAGAGCCCAGAAAAUCCGAAGCGUCAUUUCCACCAUUUUUUUAAAAAAGUGAUUUGUGAUUUUGCUGUGUCAGCGUUGGGAUUUCAAUAGAAUUUCGAUUUAAGAAUACGUUGGCGAAAUAAUGAAUUUGCUGCUACUGGUGGCCACCGUGGCCUCCGUGGUGGUUUUGGCCGCCGGUGAGCCAACCUUUCUGUCCGAUGAGUUCAUCGAGGUGGUGCGCAGUAAGGCCAAAACCUGGCAGGUGGGCCGUAAUUUCGAUGAGUUCGUGACCGAGGAUCACAUCCGUCGCCUGAUGGGUGUCCAUCCGGAAGCGCACAAGUUUGCUUUGCCCGAAAAGCGCGAAGUUCUCGGCGAGCUGUACAAGGAAUCCGCAAACGAUAUUCCGGAGGAGUUCGAUUCCCGCAAGGCUUGGCCCAACUGCCCAACGAUUGGAGAGAUCCGCGAUCAGGGAUCCUGCGGCUCAUGCUGGGCCUUUGGCGCCGUGGAAGCCAUGUCCGAUCGGGUGUGCAUCCAUUCCGGUGGCAAGGUGAACUUCCACUUCUCGGCCGACGAUCUGGUGUCCUGCUGUCACACCUGCGGAUUUGGCUGCAACGGUGGAUUCCCCGGUGCCGCAUGGAGCUACUGGACGCGCAAGGGAAUCGUCAGCGGAGGACCCUUCGGUUCCAACCAGGGCUGCCGACCGUACGAGAUUUCGCCGUGUGAGCACCACGUGAACGGCACCCGUCCGCCGUGCGCCCAUGGCGGUGGAACACCGAAGUGCCAGCACGUCUGCCAGAGCGGCUACACGGUGGAUUAUGCCAAGGACAAGCACUUCGGCUCCAAGUCCUAUUCGGUGCGGCGCAAUGUGCGCGAAAUCCAGGAGGAGAUCAUGACCAAUGGACCGGUUGAGGGGGCCUUCACCGUCUACGAGGAUCUCAUUCUGUACAAGGACGGUGUCUAUCAGCACGAGCACGGCAAGGAGCUGGGCGGUCAUGCCAUUCGCAUUUUGGGCUGGGGCGUUUGGGGCGAGGAGAAGAUCCCCUACUGGCUCAUCGGCAACUCGUGGAACACCGAUUGGGGCGAUCAUGGCUUCUUCCGCAUCCUCCGUGGCGAGGAUCACUGCGGCAUCGAGAGCUCCAUUUCGGCGGGUCUGCCCAAGCUGUAGAAUUAUACUCACUAUGUAUUCCGGCGUCGUGCUGAUAUCAACCCUCUAUUUUCUAUCUCCUCCCCCUUUUAUUUCCAUUCCAAAUCGCAAAUGACGUUCGUAGUUAAUGUAAACAACUAAACCUGAUUGAUAAUAAAGUAUUGUAUGUGACUAUGGAA